CAGCCGUUUAUUUGCAAACAAAUCAAACUGUGACAAAAUCUUUGCCACUUUUCCCCAAAAAUGUUAAACUUCCAAUUAACAACAGAGAAAGAUCGACGAGAAGCCGCUCUCAUCGACCGACGACGAGCCAUCGAAGAAGAGCGCAAGAAACGCAUUUUCAACCCUCGUCAGCGCUUAUACGGAAUAGAUUAUGAAACUUUACAAAGACAGAUCGAAGAGAAAAGACAGCGGGAAGCCCAACAAGCACGCAUCGACCGGAUAUUCGAUGAACAACGAAAGAAAAACGACGAAAUGGCCCUUGCGCUUGAGAAAAAGGAGAAACAGGAACGUAUGAAACUCGAACAGGAGAUAAAUUACUUCCGGAUGUGUUGCCAGAAGCCGGAAGACCGGCGCGAAUUCGAUUUGAACGACCCCAAUCUCUUGAAGAAAGCCGCACCAGCACGCACCGCUGACGACGACCCCAAAUGCGGACCCUCCUCAGCCCAAAAGUUUGAAGGUGAAGAUCUAGUCAGCAUCGAAAGGGCCAAAGUGCAGCGAGAUCAAGUCAAAUCGUGGCUCGACCAACAGAUAAUGGAGAAAGAAGCCGCCGAUAAGGAGCGCAAAGCGGCGGAAGAGGCCUACAGAGAGGCGAUCAAGGCACGAGAUCAAAGAGCCCUACAGUUAGAUAAAAUGGAGAAAGAGUGUCGGAAGCGACUCGAAGAGGCGUGUCUCAGGUUCAACAGGGCGUUGGCCGAUGAACGUAAAAUAGACGAAAUGAAGAGACUAAAGAGGGAACAUGAUGAUUGUCUCGCCGAAAUGUACAAUUUUAUGACGAGUGAUUUGCUGACGGAAAAUCCGGACGUGUCCCAAAGUAAUUUAGGUCCGAAUCGCAGAAUUGGAUACUUGUACAAAGGGAUGACCGUCGAGGAGAAAAAGCAAGUCAGGGAGUACCAAUUGGCCCAAAUCGAAGAGGCAAAGAAGCGAAAAGAGUUUGAAAAGCGGAUGGAUCGAGAAUACGACGAUUACAUUAACGGAACACAACGCACAAUAUCAUUAUUGGACAAAGAAGAAGCCCGAAAACAGAGGGAAAUGGUGAAAAGUUUAGCUGAGGAAAACCGAAAGUUAGCAGUCGAACAAAAACAACGUAAGGAGUUUUUGGAGAAAGUCGUUUAUAAAAACACGCCAACGUCGGAAUUCUACGACCAGUUUAAUAAAUCAACAAGAUAA